AUUUUUUUUUCUUAUAUUUUAUAUUAUUUUAUCAGAAUAUGGACGAAUGAGAAAUGCGUUUCUAGCAAAAAAAUGGUUUGAAAUAAUAUAUCCAUUAUUUAAAAAUGAAUUUGCGCAAAUUGGUAUGAAAAGAAAUGAUCGAAUGAUUCUACAUAUCCGGGACCCUAGUUAUUUUAUUUCAUAUGCCAGUGGUCGUAUUAAUAUUUCAUGUUUAUAUAUUCAAUUUAAGUUUCUGAUGCGUCAGAAUUUUAUAUCAUUGAUUAGAGAGAAAGUUGUAGCAUUUUUUUUGGAUAAGCCUAUGCCCCAUGACCGUUUAUAUAUUGAUAUGAAUGUUGAAGAUCAUGUUUUUGACGCAUGUGUAUUUGCAGUGGUGAAUAAGUCAAAGAUGCGUUGGUUGCGUGAAAAAUAUUAUAAUUUAUCAUUUACAAGUGUGAUGGAAUUAGCGAUAUUACCAGAAACAUAUGUAGUAAUGUCAGAAUUUUCUGAAAUAGCGUAUAUUUUGUUGGAAAAUAAUGAAAGCUUUAUUAAAUGUAUGAAAACACCAGAUGUUGUACUGGAAUAUUUAAUUGUGAGUGACCAACCUAUUAAAUGUCCAAAAAGUCCGGAUCAAAUAUGUCAAAAAAGUGUUUCAUUUUGUGUGAAAUUGCCGUCAUUAAGAAAUUCUCAACAAGUUACUUGUAUUAUUAAUGAAUGUAUUGCAUUUGUUGAUAUGUUAGCUGAAAGAGCACAUUGGAGACCCAAUAUUUCUCAAAAACUUAAAACUAUUCGUGAAGAAGCAAAUAGAAAACUUAAGAAACGUCAAGAUGAAAAACUAGCGAAUGCAUUAAAGAAGAAAUCUGAAAAAGAUAAACAGAAGAAAGAGCGUAUUCGAAAUCUUAGUCCCCAGGAACAGAGAAAGUAUUUGGAUAAAGAACGAGAGAGAAAGUAUAGAAAACUAUUUAAGGUGAUGAAAGCUUAAAGUAUUAUAAGAUAACUUACCCAUAAUGUCUUGUUU